CCAUUUUCUUCUCUAAAAAUAGUCAUCAAUUUCACGAUACAGGAAGCAUUUCGAAUCCGAAGAAAAAUCUAGGGUUUCAAACUCGAUUUCUUCUCCAGCUGUCCCUCCACGUUAUAUAUUAUUAUUCCCUCGCUUCUUCCUCAAUCUUCAAUUUUUCAGGGAAAUUCACCCUUCAGAAAUAAACCUUGUCCAGUUUUCCCAAGAAUAUAUCAUUCCCAGAAUCCCAACAGUGAAGAUUCUGGGAAUAUUCACCUUGAUUUUUCAGCUACAUGUUCAGCCUCCACCGAGCUCGAGGUGAUUAUCACGCGUUGUGUUUUGAAUAUGGUAAUGUAGAUAUUGUGAAAUUUUAGAGUUCUUGGAGUUGAGGGAUUUUUUUCUUCUUAAUUUUCUUUGUAGGAAAUAUUUUGGCUACGAGAUGUUGGUGAAAGCGUCGAUAAUGUGUGGGAUUGAGGAAAAAAGGGAAGUUUUUACAAAUAAUCUCGAGGGAAUUUAUUAAUAUUCCCAGAGGGAGGUCUGGAAGCGUUUGAUUUUGUAAAUACUCGUUGAAAUUAGUUUUGAGCAUCAAACUAGAUUCUUCGAGUGUUGAAUUUGAAUUGGAGUGUUUGAGACUUAGUGAACGAGUGUUAAUCGAUGGAUUCUGAGGAUAUGCCCCCAUCAAUUAGUGUGGUUGAAUGUUGCAACUGCGGGUGUAGCUGUUCGACGAUGAAUGGGUCAUUUUCUGGUACGUGUCUCCGGUCUGUGAAACGGAAGUUCAAUGAACUUAAUGAAGAGAACCAGUUCACAGUCCCAGGGCUCAUUUUACCACAAAAUGCUCGUGUGGAAAUAGGAAAUGAGUGUAUGGCAUUGCGUGAAACAGUCGGCAGCCAACAGCAGACGAUUCAAGACCUCAUAGAUGAGUUGAAGGAGGAGAGGGAUGCGGCCUCCUCAGCUGCCAAUGAGGCCAUGUCGAUGAUUCUGAGAUUGCAGAGGGAGAAGGCAGAGAUACAGAUGGAGGCUAAGCAGUUUAAGAGGUUUGUAGAGGAGAAAAUGGCACACGAUCAGCAGGAAAUGUUGGCGUUGGAGGAUUUAUUGUAUAAGAGGGAGCAAUCAACUCUAUCGCUUAGAUGUGAGGUGCAGGCCUAUAAGCAUAGGAUAAUGAGUUAUAACCUGACUGAGGUUGAGGCUGAUGGAGAGAACAGUAUAAUCCGGUACAAUAGUAUAACUGAAAACCUUGAUGGGCAAUUUGAAUUGCCCCCUUGCGAGCUUUACCCUCCUCUGAGGUGCAAUUUUAGUGAGUCCCAGGUUUAUCCUGAUGGUGAUGAUGAAGAUGUUGACGUUGAGAAAUAUGCAGUUGGGGAAACACCUCGUUCUAAGGUUCAUUUGAAGGAUUUUGAAUAUCAAAUCAAUCAAUUAGAAGAAAGUCCUAGGAUCAUUCAUCCUGAAGCAGAACUUGGUGGUGUUAAAAAUAUGUUUGAAAAGGUGAUAGUUGGUCAGUCCCCAAGGCAGCCUAGGCAUUCUAGAAAAUUCUCAGAUGAUAGUUCAAAUUCCUUAUUUGCAACGGGUAAAGAUUUGGGUCCAGAAUCUCCAAAAUUUGGUGGAAGUUUUAAGAAUGAAUUUUUGCAGAUGGAGAACUCUAAUUUGAGGAAGGUGGACAAUGCAUCAGAAGUUGGAGAUGACAUGAGUGACAGAGUUUAUACAAUUGAUUCUGUUCACCAGGAGGCUCUUGGUCUGAAGGAGCCCAAGGCUUCUGUAGGAAUGGGGGAUGACUAUAUGACGACAACUCCUCCAAGGGAGUCACCUUUUUGUUCAGACAUUAAAGAUCCAGAGAUCCAGAAGCUGUAUGCUAGGCUUCAGGCUCUUGAAGCCGAUAGAGAAUCAAUGAGACAGGCAAUUGUUUCUAUUGGGACUGAUAAGGCACAAUUUGUGUUGUUGAAGGAGAUAGCUCAAAACUUGUGUAAAGAAAUGACACCGGAGAGAAGGAUGCCUGUGAAGAAGCCAUCAGUAGUUGGAAAUUUUUCCUUUAUGGCAAUAUUCAAGUGGAUCAUAACCUUGGUUUUCUGGAGAAGAAAAGCGCGCAGAUGCAGAUACAUGUUCGGGUUAUCGAGCAACAACAACGCAGGCUUGUUAAUGCUCUUAGACAAGGGACCUCAUGUGGGGCAGUGGAGAUAUCUUUCAAGUACACGAGUAUAAAACAGAUACCUAGUGCCUCUUUUCCGCUGGUGAAGAUUAUGGCCAUCUAUUUGAACAGAGGAAAUGUUUGGCACAGUCGUAGACAGGACUCGAUAGUACAAUGAACAAGAUCUUUAGCCCUUUCUCUUUAAAUAUUAUCGAGUGCUAUCCAUUCCACCUUAUCAAACACACCGUGAGAGGAUUCUAGUACCACUUUCCAUCAUCGGGGUAUGCAUAUCUUUUGGAUUCCUUCUUGGUGCGGAAUUGAAUUAUUUGCAGUGUGCUUUUACUUCCAUUUGUUGGUGUAGGAUGCCUUCUACUGGUUGAUCAGCAAAUAUUGUAUUCUUCUGCGUAUUCUCUUUUUUUUUCUUUUUUUUUUUUUUAACGAGAUGUCUCAGCUUACGCCAGACUAUAUCCUCGUCCCUGAACUUCCAGCCCCUCAGUAGCUCAGGGAGGUAAAUCGCGGGAUGUGCCCAAGUUGACCAGGGUUCGAACAGCCUUUAUACUCCUGGCUCCAAGGGAGCCUCCUCCAUGGUUAUUACAUCACCAAGCUGUUCCAACCCUUCCUCUGAUUAUUACAACACUCAGCUGCUCCAACCAGGAAUCGAACUCCCCACGUCGGGGUUGCGAGCCCCGCACUGUCCUUCCUUUGCCAACUUGGAUGUGCCCCGGGGGGCUUCUUCUGCGUAUUCUCAUUUGGCUUAGAGAGUGUUAUUGCCUUGCUGGUAAGUUCCCUUUCGUAUAUUACACAUUUAUGUAUGAUUUCUCAAUCAAAAUUCCGAUGUCUAUUCUUUUCUAACCGAAUCAUUUGGAAUGAUUUAUUGUACGCGACACAGACAGAUCGUUGGUCAUUACCUUUACUUAUCCUUUGCAAUGCUUCGUCCUUUUGACUUUCUCAAAAGAUUAUUUCUUGAGAUAUUUUUGUGAAGACAAUUGUGAUUGGUGAAAUUGUGAAGAGAUUUGUUUGAA